GGCGGCUGCAGCGGCGCGGCAGUGGUUGCCAGCUGGGCCUGUACUAUCCCGCCCCCAGGCUGCAGGCCGUGGGAUGGGCAGGGGCAGCUGCAUGGCGGCGGAACCAGGCCCAGGCACCACUGGGGAAACCUUUAAAGGGAAAAGACAAAAUGAGACGCAACCUGCUGGGAGCUGUUAGACCCUUCUCUCCGGGGUCGAGGAGGGAGGAACAUUCUUUGCCUCAGCCCCUCCUUCGGAGGUUUUGAGCUCGCCGGCCAGGAGCGGCAGCGCGCUCCGGGCAGCUGGACAAACCCCGCGCCCGGCUGCGCUGCGCCAUGCCGGAGGGUUGAGUGUCGCGGACGCUGCUCUGGGACACAGUCCCGCUUUGCGUGGGGACUGCGCGCGCGCCAGGGCAGAGCCCGGGCCGCUGACCAUGGUGCUGCCGCCUCCGGACCGGCGCCACGUGUGCCUGACCACGCUGGUGAUCAUGGGCAGUAUGGCAGUCAUGGACGCAUACCUGGUGGAGCAGAACCAGGGCCCGCGCAAGAUCGGCGUGUGCAUAAUCGUGUUGGUAGGCGAUGUGUGCUUCCUGUUGGUGCUGCGCUACGUGGCCGUGUGGGUGGGUGCCGAGGUGCGCACGGCCAAGCGUGGCUACGCUAUGAUCCUCUGGUUCCUCUAUAUCUUCGUGCUGGAGAUCAAGCUGUAUUUCAUCUUUCAGAACUACAAGGCAGCGCGGCGUGGAGCGGCCGACCCUGUGGCUCGCAAGGCACUGACGCUGUUGCUGUCCGUGUGCGUGCCAGGCCUGUUCUUGUUGCUUGUGGCACUAGACCGCAUGGAGUAUGUACGCACCUUCCGAAAGCGCGAAGACCUUCGCGGCCGCCUCUUCUGGGUGGCUUUAGAUCUGCUGGAUCUGUUGGACAUGCAGGCCAACCUCUGGGAGCCUCCGCGCACCGGGUUGCCUCUGUGGGCCGAAGGCCUCACCUUUUUCUAUUGCUACAUGCUGCUGCUGGUGCUGCCCUGCGUGGCGCUCAGCGAGGUCAGCAUGCAAGGGGAGCACAUCGCACCGCAGAAGAUGAUGCUGUACCCGGUGCUCAGCCUCGCCACAGUCAACGUGGUGGCUGUGCUGGCCCGUGCCGCCAACAUGGCUCUCUUCCGAGAUAGCCGAGUCUCAGCCAUCUUCGUGGGCAAGAACGUGGUGGCGCUGGCCACAAAGGCCUGCACGUUCCUCGAGUACCGUCGCCAGGUUCGCGACUUUCCACCACCUGCGCUUGCGCUUGAGCUGCAGCCACCGCCUUCCCAGCGCAACUCGGUGCCGCCGCCUCCACCACUGCAUGGUCCGCCAGUGCGCCCCCACGGGCCAUCACCCACUCGUGAUGCGUUGGACACGUGACAGCCCCCCCUUGCGGGCCGCACAGACGCUGGACUAGCUGCGCGCGGUUUGCAUGGGAUGGGAUGGGGCAGGCUCCCAUUAGGGACAGGUGCUGUGAGUACCUGAGCAGUGCCUGGGGUUCCGGGGCCGCGUCUGCUUCUUCAUCUCAGGAAUCUCUCGGACCACGGACCUUCAGCUUCCACUCCACUGGCUCACCUCGAUGCACACGGCAGUUGGUGAGGCCUGGUCCCAAGUGGAGAUGCCUCAACCCCCCACUGUCUGGGGGUGGGGAGGGAGGGCAGUGGUCCAGAAGAUCUGGCCCUAUGGUAGGAGCCUCUUGCUCAGAGUUUGGGGCCUCUGUCAUUUUAAAGACUUGUGUUUACAGUUUUGUACUCAGAGCCUGACUGUUUUUUCUGUUUCACGAGUCCUCUGCCUAAGAGCUGGGCAGAGUGGCAAGGACUGGCGAGGGCUGGCACCCACGGGGUAGCCAGGUACUUCUGGAGCAAACUUCUGGGUCUCUUCUUCAGGAGGCUCUCAGAAGUUCCUGGGUGGGGUCCACUGUGGCCC